CGAGAUAAUCAAUGGUGUCCAGGAGUUUACAAACUUUCUCCAUAUUAUGAGUCAUAUGAAUAUCCAAAUGUUAUUGUUUCUUCAGGUUUUGCAUUAGUGAAAUUAAUCUUAACUUGGAGAUUGUUUAUACUAUUUGAACGGAAAAUGUAUGAAAAGCUAGAUAUUGAACAUAAGCAGGACCUUUAUCGGAAACUACUUAUUUUUGAAAUGAUGUUAAAGUUAGAUGCAUUCUUGGUUGUCAUAAACGGUUCAUUAACAGCCGCAAUAAUCCCUUUUCUCGGUCAACAAUCGAUGAUGUUUAUAAUCGCUUAUGCGAUUCAUGCUUCAAUCAUAUUGUUUUCAUUUCUUGCGCUGAUUCUCGUUUUUAAUUCGUUUAUUCGACAAUGGAAAAUUGGAAUGUACAUAUUUCUUGUGUUCUGGGUAUUCUUUACUGCUGAUUUUACUUUUUUGAUUAAGGAUGGAGUUUCCGCUGCUUCUAGUGGAUGGUAUUUUUGGAUAUCUACAAUUUUAGUAACGUUAAUUGCUGCUCUUGUAAGUUGA